ACACCCCUCUCGCACUGUUGGACCCAGGUGGAACUAUACGACUUAUAACCUCUCCGGAAUGUAUUAGUCAUUUAAUUAGUGAUGAAUUGGUUUUAAUGUAUUUACUCUCUCACAUUUUACUUGGUUCAUUUAUUAGUUCAUGUUUUUCGAAAUUUUUCACAGACCUAUAUUUUGGGUUAGUUCAGAUUUUUCCCCUGGAUUAAAAAAAAUAAUUUUCUUCUUUAAAAAAAAAGAAAAAAGAAAGUGAUUUAUUUUUGAUUGCGCAUCCCUGUGAUAGUGUGUUUCAUGGCACAUGUGUGCAGACAGCUGAGUGGGAGCGUGGCCAGCUUUGCAGGCUGGGUAGGUAUCAUCAUCGCCACGGCCACCAACGACUGGGUGCGCACCUGCGACUACACUGUCACCACCUGUGUGCGCAUGGACGAGCUGGGCGCGCGAGGCCUCUGGGCAGAGUGUGUCAUCUCUCCCUCACUCUACCACUGUGUCACGCUCAACCAUAUCCUCACACUGCCAGGUAUCGCUGUGAUCUCUCUCUACCUCUCCCCUCCCCCUCCAGCAUACAUCCAGACAUGCCGUGCGUUGAUGGUGUGUGGGUGCCUAAUGGGGCUUCCUGCGAUGGGGCUGGUGCUGAUGUCCAUGCCCUGUGUCAGACUCGGAGAUGAGAUCCCCGCUACCAAACUACGCCACGGCAUGGUCGGGGGUGCUCUCACCUUUAUCGUGGCUCUCUGUGGAUUGGUGUCGACCAUCUGGUUUCCUAUUGGUGCUCACGCAGAAGAGGGUCUGAUGUCAUUCGGCAUCUCACUGUACACCGGAUGGGUCGGCUCCGCCCUCUGCCUCCUGGGGAGCUUCAUGAUUUUGUGUUGCUGCGGUGACAACCCCUCGGCAACCCCCCAAAGGCAGCAGAACAGCUACUACUACUCCAGACAGGCAGGGGGCGCCGACACACCCAUCAACCUUGCCGCUACCGCCGUAGUCACGGGCAACCACGCCAAGAGCGCACAUGUAUAAGAAUGUGCAUUUGUGAGAGUUGGAGUUCUAGGCCAACUACAUUGCAGACGUAUGCCAGAUCUAACAACGCCUGCAUAGUUAUUUAACAUACACUAUAUAUACAAAAGUCUGUUAACACCCCUUCAAUUUAGUGGAUUCGGCUAUUUCAGCCACA